AUGCCGGAUUACGUUUUCACAGCUUCUGCGUUUGUAGCAAUUAUCUUAUGUAUAGUUCCCAGUAUCAUUCACAUACAAACAAGAAAUUGGGGUGCGAUAUUUAUGACAUUCUGGGUGCUGCUCACAAACAUGAUAAUUUUCAUCAAUUCCAUAUUAUGGGCGAACGAUUUGGACGAUAAAGCUCCAGUAUACUGUUACAUAGCUACGCCAUUGUAUAAUGCUGCACAUUUUGGUAUUAUGGCUUCGGCUGUGUGUAUGAUACACACGCUACACAAUUAUGUUGUUAAGCCAACAUUAUUGACUGAAAAUGUCAGGAGACGUCAAAUAUUAAUACAUUUUUUUCUGUCGAUCGUUUUCCCAUUCAUACUUGUUGCGUUUAAUUAUUUGAACAUUACAUCUAUUUAUGGACUCAGACCUAUUCUUGGAUGUUCUAUACAGGAGAGUAAUACUUGGGUAUAUAUUGUCGUAGAUGCAAUGUGGCCUUUAAUAAUAUCUGGUACUGGAUGUUAUUUUGCAGCACGAACUGCCUAUACUAUCAUUAAAAAAGGACUAGAAAUACAAAGCCUGUUAAAAUAUUCCAAGUCUGGUUUAAACAUAUCAAAAUUUUAUCGAUUGGUGCUUUUCUGCAUAACAUUCUUGAUAAUUGCAUUUCCAGCAGCCUGUCUAACAUUUUUCUCGAAUAUACAAGCGUUAGUACCUUAUGAUUUUGCUGAAAUACAUAAGGAUUUCUUUGUGAUCAAAAAAUUCGACAAUGGCGUGUCAUUUAUUGAUUAUGUUAAACCAUUGACCGGCUUAAUCCUAUUCGCUUUUUUUGGUACUGGACGUGAUGCAAAGCAAGCAUAUUUAAGAUGGGCCAGGAAAUUGAAAUUAGAUUUGGUGUGUGGAUGUUGUAUUAAUUUUGAACUGGACGAUAAAACCUCUACUAAUGGUACUACCAGUACUUUGAGGAGCUUCAGCAAUAAUAAUGCCAACAAUAAUCUUAUGCCACCUGAACCAACCCAUAACAACAUGGGUAAUAAAAUAAUGAACUUCCUUUCUGGUCAUAAAACACCAACCGAAAAAGCAGAAUUUGAUCUUACUACAUAUCUUAAAUCAAUUUAUAAAACUUUAGAAGAUGAUCAAGAAGAUGGCAAUGAUAAUAGACUCAGGCCUGAUAUAAGUAUCACAAUACAUAAUGAUUCAUCUAUGUCAUCGUUAUCAUCAUCUUCAACACUUAAUAAUAGCACGCCACCACCAAAACCAACGCCGUCAGAAUUUAUUUAUGAUGGUGACAGUUUUGGUGAUGUUGAUGAUAGUGUAAACCAUAUUGAUGUAUUAUUAUCAGUUUAUCCUGAAGAAAAUCAAGACAGUAAUGUCCCACCAAUUGUGGAAGUUGUUCCGCCGACACCUGCAUUUGUUGAAGAAUAUGAGAACGAACAACAGCAACGAGAUAGUGAUUAUUAUGGUCUUCAUAGUAAUGUUAAUCAAGAUGAAAGUUUAAUAGAUAAUAGUAAUCACGAUAUUGAUCAAGAUUCUCAGUAUAGUAGUACUAAUAAUAGUGUUUAUGAGCAAACCGAACAAAAACUACUUAUUCACCAAUUACGUGAUCUAAAAAUUCUAAAAAUACUAAUACCUGCUAGCUCAGCAUCAUAA